CCCUGCCAACAGCCUCGAAAACAGGAGCCCCAGCAGCAGGAGCAGGAGCAGGAGCAGCAGGACCAGGCAGCAGCAGCGGCAGCAGUAGCUUAGGUAGUAGGAAGCCCAGUAGUCUUAGCAGUAGCCAGGUAGCAAGCACAGUGGUUAGGGUCAGGGAUAAGGCCAAGCCGGAAAUGGUGCCAGUCACUGCACCAGCAUCUCAAACUGGAUCUGGAUCUGGAUCCGGGUCCGCACCCGUUUCGGGAUCCGGAGUGGGAAGCCGUUUGAGUGUGCCCUCGAAGGAGGACUCCGGCACCGAAAGCGGCGAGGACCUGCGUCUGCUAGCCGCCGGAUUGCGGGAUACCCUGCAACAGAGGAGCGGCAGCGACGCCAGCGAAGCGAACCGCAGCCUCGUGGAGGAAGUGACCGAUGCCCUUAGCCGCCUGGAGAGCAGCCUGAAGCAAGGCAAGGAGCUGGCCGUCGACGGGGGUCAACGGCAGGCUCUGCUCGGCCUGGUGGCCCGCCUCCAGAGUGGACUCAGUGCGCCCGAGAAGCUGGCGGACGAUCGAACGGCUGCCGAGGAUCAAAAAGAUGACGAGGAUCAAAAAGAUCCGGAAACGGACAGUCGGCAGUCGCGAUUCGCAAAGCGUCGCCAGCGAAACAGUCGUCACACCGUUGGCGUUUCCCGCGAGGAACUGGCGGAUGCUCGACGCUACAUGGAGGACCUGCUGAUACUGGAGGGCAAGGACUUGGCGCUCACCAAGACGCCCAGUUCGAGUGCAGUGCCGGUGCAACUCUACCGGCCAAAUCAGUUUGUGCCACAGCCCCCACAGCAGCAGCAGCAAUCUCCCAACCUGCCACCUGCAACUGCGACGCCGGUGAGUCCCACCCAAAACACAUCUCAGCUGAGGCCCAACAACCCCAACAACCGGCGACCGUUGUCCGGCGAUUAUGCCGUGAGCUUUGCCAGCUAUGAGGCCAAUCAGAGUUCACAGAACUCCAGCCCCGAAGGCAACGGCAACUUGGCAAGCAACUCGCAGUCCAACUCGAACUCCAGUUCGAACUCCAGCCGAUUUGGUGGCGGCAAGAAGCACCUGAUGAAGCGAGCCAACACCAUCGACAUACCCAAGGCCAAGGCCAAGUACAUGGCCGACUGUGACUCGGACUCCGACCUGGAGGACGACCAUGGUCCGCACUUGGGCCUGAAGCGAGCGGUGCAGGUGAGCGUUAAGCGACGCGUCCACAAUGCGGUGCCGCCGUUCGAGCCGAAGACGGAGAACGAUCACAAGUUCCUGGCCUUCAUCAACAAGCAGAGCCAUCAGACCGGGUUGGGCUGGGGCGGUGGCGGUGGCCGGAGUGUGUCGAACUGGACCCACAAGUUCGGCAACAUCAAGCACACCUUCGAAACGGGAGCGGCGGCCACGGUGACCAAGGGCAAGCCACCACCGGUGCCGGGACACGUGCCCGGUUGGGCCAAGCAGGAGCAGCUGCACCACCAGCAGCUGCAACGCGAGCAGAUGCAACGGGAGCAGAUGCAGCGAGAGCAGUAUCAACGCGAGCAGAGGCAGAGGGAGCAAAGGGAAUUGGCUCAGAGGGACGCCAAGCAGCUGCAGCGAGAGCAGCUGCAGAGAGAGCAAUACCAGCGAGAGCAAGGCCAGCGAGAGCUGUCGAAGCGAGAACAGUUUCAGCGAGAGCAACUCCAACGGGAGCAACUCCAGCGAGAGCAGUUGCAGCGAGAAAAACUGCAGCGAGAGCAACUUCAGCGGGAACAACUGCAGCGAGAACAACUCCAGCGAGAGCAUCUUCAGCGAGAGCAACUCCAGCGAGAGCAACUGCAGCGCGAACAACUGCAGCGCGAUCAGUUGCAACUGCAGCAGCAACAACAAGCCGCAGCCGCUGUGCAAAUCGAGCGGCAACGUCGCCAGGAACUGGAAAGACAACUGCGAAUCGAACAGGAGGCGCGAUACGAGCGGGAGGAACGCACUCGCCUGGAGCGAGAGUACUACGAACAGCAAUUGCAGCGACAGCAGGCCGAAAGACAGCAGCAGUUGGACAGGCAACGCCAGCAGCAGGAGCAACUCGAGCGACAGAGACGUCAGGAAAUGGAGCUGCGGCUUCAGCAACAGCGGGAACAGGCCGCACAGGUCAACAACUUCAAGCACGCGCCACAAUCCGUCUUUCGCCCGAUUGAAAAUGAAACGCAACCGCAGCCGGGCAUUUACAAGCCCAUUGCGCAGAAAACCCAACCGAAUCCGGCCAUUUGGAAGCCGCCGACACAACAGCCGAACCUUCCGCCGCAAUCGCAGCAACAUCUGCAGGCCAGAACGGCCAAUUCGUACAGCAAUACCCCGUCGCCAUCGUCGGCGGCCACCUCGCCCAUCGGAUUGCCCUGGGUGGCUAAGCCCAAGGUGGACAACAGCGAUUUCCGACGCAAGGCGCACCACUUCGAGGAGAGGUCUCUGAGGGACAACUUGGAACAGCAGCAACAGCCGUCAUAUUCCAAUGGCAACAGCGGCUAUCUGCAGCGUCACAAUUCACUGCGUUCGAAGGCGCCGGCCUUGAGUGAGUUCAAGAAGCGACCAUCCCUGCCGAAUGCCAUGGAUCCGGGAGCAGCCGCACCGCCAAUGAGACCCGUGUAUCAAGCACCACCGCCACCCACAAAUAUAUCCUUUACAUACGCGGACUUUCCGCCAGUGAGGCGGCAGCAGGCUGGCAAUGCUCACAACUACAGAAGUCAACCGUGCCUCACGAGUGCCGUGGAGCAGGCCGAGGCCCUGACCAAUCCCCUGGGAGCGCCUCUUGUGCUCACCAGCUCGAAUCCCACUUACCUGCCGCCGCCUGGAAGCAGGCGAUUCGAUUACAUCAGCAGUCCAGUGGACGUGGACGCGGACAGUCCGCCCAACAGUCCCACGAGCUUCAUGACCAUGCCGAACCCCACUCUGAUGACGGACAACACGGACGAUGAUCUCGAUCUGGAUUCGGACAACAAUAUGAUGGAGUACCGGGCCGAGACGAAGGUGAUGCGGAAGCCACGUGGCCAAACGGCUGUGCGAGUGGCGGACAGAAGGAACGCGCACAUGAGCGAUGACGAGGUGUACGGCAAGAACUCCCGGGCAGCCAAGUCCCUGCUCUACACCAUGAAGCAGCUGGGCGGUGGUCCUGGUGGCCAACCUGGUGGUGGCCUAGCUGGCAAUGCUGGUAACCAGAGGAGGCAACCCAUGACAGCGCCCAGCUCCCCGAAGUCCGGCUGCCUCUCGCCCGACGGUCGUCAGUACCAGGCGCCACUGGUGGAGCCGCUCUUCCCGCAACUGAGCACCUUUGAGGCCAAGCGACAGCCGCAGUUCAGCAACUCGCCAAUGUCCGCCCCACCUGCAGUGAGCAUGCCGCAGAUCAACUACCAGGCAAAUCCCACAUACACACCACCGAGAUCCAGUCAGGAUGCCAGCUCGUAUUUGGGAGAGACGCAGACCUCCUAUGUGGUCACCUAUCCCGUCGACGAUUCCGGCGAUGAGCCGGAACAGGAGUCGAUGGCCACGUCGGUGAGCCAGCGGUUGCGUCGCACCUCGGAGCACUCGAACGCCAGCUCCUCGCUCUCCUUGGGCAGCACCAGUUGGACAGCGAAUCCCGUCCACAAUACGGUCAAUACAGUUCCCAGCCCCAUGGGGCCACCGGUGGACCGCAGCACCAAGCCGCAGAUGAGUCAGCCUCAGCAGCAGGUUAAUCACAAGAAGCCGCAGCAGCAGGUGCAGCAACAGGUGCCGAUCCCUCAGCAGCUGCCUAAGCAGUUGCCCCAACAGAUACCCCCGCCGAUCCCGCCACAGAUCUCCCAGCAGUUGCCCAAGCAGUUGCCUCAACAGGUGCCACCUCAGUUGCCCAAGCAGUUUCCGCAGCAGAUCCCUCAGCAGUUGCCCCAGCAGAUCCCUCAGCAGUUGCCCAAGCAACUACCCCCACAAGAGUUGCCUCCGCAGAAGCUGCCACAACAGAUACCCCCACAGUUGCCACAACAGAUACCCCAACAAAUACCACAACAGAUACCCCAACAAAUACCACAACAGAUACACCAACAAUUGCCACAACAGAUACCCCAGAGUAUAGCCAACAACCCAACGUCCAGACAUGCUCCCAGAUUGAGUUCGCGAAGUCACACCAUCCAAGGGGACACCGGCUACGACAGCCGUCCCCUGCAGAACCGCGUGAUGUCGCAGCAAACGCUCAACUCCAACGUCAUCACCAGCAAUACCAACGGCAACACCACAGUUCAGAAGCAGCUGAAGGAGCAGCACAUCAACGAGCUGCGUCGCAAGAGUUUGGGCAACGUGCUGGAGAGCUCGCAGAGGAGCAGCUACUUCGAGCAGGAGUACAAGUCCUCGGCACCGCCCGAUACGCCGGACAUUGUGAAAUCGUCGCUGCCCAAGGAGAAUGCGCCGCUGCUGAAGAAGUUCGGGCCGCCACAGCGCCAUCACUACAUGCCCAAUUCGUACCAGAGUCCGCAGCUGAAUAAGCAGACCACCAGCAGCAGCAGUAGCACCACCACCACCGCAAUCAGCAGCAGCACAGUGGUGCAUCAGCACCACCAGCAACACCAGCAAAUCAAGCCGAGCAUUGUGGAAACCCCUGCGACGCCACAGCCACAGGUUCCGCCCGAGGACGAGAUACCCCACAACAUUGUGUUCAACAAUGUGAGCGCCUUCACCUCGAUGGGUAGGAGAAACCACGAGGAGGAUUCCCACCAGUCUCAGUCUCAGUCUCAGUCGGGAUCUCGGGUGAAUCGUCUGAGCAAGUGCGACUCGUGGAACCAGAUCUGCCAGCUGCAGCAGGCGGCGGGUCCCAGUCCGGCCAAGUACAACCAGCCGGGAGCCAACCAGCCCGGCGAACUGAGGCGCACCAAAUCCGGACACUCCCUGGCGGUGCCGAAGCUCUACGAGGCGGGCAUUGACAAGGCGCAGGUUAGCGAAAAACAGCGCACUGUGGCGGCCUAUUUCUCCGGUCAGAAGUCACCGACUGGCGGUCAAGUGGAGGAGCUGCGCACCGCGACCACGAUGACGACGACCUCCAGUCGAAAGUCGGCCAUUAAUCGGACCAAGACGAGCGAAAAGCUCUCGGCGGCCGCUCGAAAGUCGCUCAGCUCGCUGACCAGCACAUCGAAUGGCAACGUUUCCACCGCCGGCUUGGGAAUGCCACGUAACGUGGGUGGUGGUGGUGCACCCAUGAUGGGCGGCGGACUGAGUCGCAGUGCCACCAUGCCACAUAUCGCCAAUCUCAAUCUGCUCGACGAGAGCAAUGUGGAGGAUGCGUUCGAGCAGCUAAUGAUGGCAGCCCAGCAAAAGAGUUCCUCGACCAGCGAACAGCGAACGGAAACCAAGUCGAAGGAUGGCGGUGCCACUGUGACCACAACAACAACAAAGGUUACCACACGCACUGUCAGCGGAAGUGCUGCAUCUAAAAACAUCUCGCCCUUGGCCAAGUUCAAGCAGCUGGAUAAGCAGGCAGCCGCCCAGCAGGCGCAAAAAUCAUCUCCAACAACAACAAGCACACCCACGACCCCCGGCGGUUCGGCACAACCGUUGUUCAAAUUUACCGAUCCGGCAUUAAAUGCGCGCGCCGCCACUGUCAAGGAUCAACUUCUGCAGUGGUGUCAGCAUAAAACGCAGGAAUAUGAGAACGUCCAAAUAAGCAACUUUAGCUCGAGCUGGUCAGACGGCUUGGCCUUUUGUGCGCUGAUACACCAUUUCUUGCCAGAUGCAUUUGACUACACCCAACUAACAAAGGAGACGCGACGACACAAUUUCGAGCUGGCCUUCAGCGUUGCUGAUGAGAAGGCUGGCAUUGCACCGCUGCUGGAUGUGGAGGAUAUGGUGGAGAUGAGUCGCCCCGAUUGGAAGUGCGUGUUCGUCUACGUGCAGAGCAUAUAUCGCCGAUUCCGCAACUGCCAGUGACUGCCCAUCAACCCAUCAGCAGGCAGCAGAAUAGUCCAAAUCCAGAUCCAAAUCCGAGUCAAUUCAACAGGAGCAGCAGCAGCAACUCAUUAAAUUUUAAGCACACACCACCACAGACAUACCCUUUUGGCAUUUUGUGUUAAGACACAUACCCCGUAUAUAUCCACCCUGAUCCUGUCGCCCACUAAGAUUCCUCAAGAUUCAUCCUGCGAAUAUCUAACUGUAUAAUCGGCAUAAGUAUAUAUAUUCUUCAACUGAAGCGCAAAUGGCUCGUCGAACGUGAACAGCCGACUCUUUGUACGUUUUUUGUGUUUGUUUUUCCCCCUUUUUUUACUAUUAUUACGAUUACGCAUUAUUAUUUGUUAUCGAACUUGAAGCAGAAACUAUGCAAUAAUUGUUGAUUUAUAUUUUUUUGUCAUAAUUAUAAUUGCGAUGAGAACAAAGCAGUGCAGUUACUAACCCUGCCGGCGGUCAUCGACAAUGAUUCAAAUAAAACUAAAUAUGAUUACGUCUUGAUGCCGACGCUUACAUUGAUGAAUAACUGUAAUAAUAAUAAACAUAUAUUCUAUGUACGUACGUGUAACGAGAACGACAAAUUUACUAACCGAUGGCAUUGAAAAGGCCGCAAAGAAAUCAAAAAAACAGCAAAUGAAACCCAAAUAA